AGUACAGACCGAGCUUGCGAGGUUUGUGCCCUUGACGGAGGGUAUUUAUUUUACAGUGCAACAUCAAAACCAGUCACUAUCCGUUUUAUUACCUGACUGUAUCUGGUCUGCAAAUAAAUAUUCCUUUCUGAACAAAACAAACAAAGCUAUAUUUAAGUUGCUAUUUCCAGGGCAAUAAGGAAGAAAAAACGCAUGUUUGAUUUUGAUACUUUUCGAAUUCAAGACCGUUCUACUUUAAAAAUUUGUAAGUACACAAAACAAAUUCAAAUCAUUGUUUAUGUGAACUCAAACGGAAAUAUGGUUUUAAGUGAGUGACUUUUAUGUUUUUUGUGUGCUAUGAAAAUGUUUUUUAUUUGUUUACUUUUUUAUGUUACCAUUUUUAUAAUGGCUUCCAAAACGGGUUAGUAUGGCUUCAUACAAAGACCUGUGAAAAUAAGCCGUAAACCAAUCAAAUCAUUGGAUUUCUUCAUACUAACUGGAUUUUUGUAUCAUUCAGAGUGAAAUUUUAACAUGGCAACAGAAAAUGUAUUGAACAUAAGUCAUAGUUUACAAGAGGAACGUCAAAGAGCUCAAGAAAAGAUUUUUCGCAUAUGGCUAAAUUUAAAACUAGCUAAGGCUCCAGGCUCACCAGCAAUUCAAGACUUAUUUAAAGAUUUAAGAGAUGGAAAAUAUUUAUUGUUCCUAUUAAAUGUACUAACAGAAAAGAAUUUAAAACCAGUGAAAGGAAAUCUUCGUGUUCAUCAUCUGAACAAUUUGACACUGGCAUUAGACGUACUAAAGGAAUAUAAUAUCAAACUUGUUGGCAUCAGUAACCAAAGCAUCUGCGAUGGAGAUCGAGUUACUACUCUUGGUUUAAGCUGGAGUAUCAUUUAUCGAUUUCAGGUAUUAGAAGCUGUAAAAAAUGAAGGGUUCACUGGAAGUGCUGAAAAAGCUCUUCUAAAUUGGUGUAACAGUAUUGUCGAAAAUUACUCUGGUGCUGAUGUCAGAAGUUUUCAACCUAAACGUUGGAAAAAUGGAUAUACAUUAAACGCUAUAAUUCACGCGUUUAAACCAGAGCUAUUCCAAUAUGAAGAUUUAUCAAAGAUGGAUGACCGUGGGAGAUUGAAAAAUGCUUUAUCUUGUGCCCACAAUAAUUUCAACAUCAUGCCCUUAUUUCAAGCUGAAGAUUUUGAAAGUGAUCUUGUUGACAGUCGUACUCUGGUCAUGUAUGUCAGCUUUUUGUACGAAUAUUCCCAGACAUUAUCAACAUCUUCCAAGGAUAACUUUGCUGAAACAUCCACCAAGCUUGCUGCUUCACAGAAAGAACUUGAGCAGUUUGUAAAAGAAAAAGAUGAGUCCACACUGCAGCCUCUUUCAAAUGUUUCCAUACGAGAAGUUUGCAAAAGAUAUUUCGAAUUCAAGGAAUCAUGUAACGAUUUUGAUGAUAUGGAUGAGAAGAUUUCUAUCACUGACAGUGAACUGCAAGCCAGUGUUGAUGCAUCUGGUAACACUCCACCUGAGCUAGUUGAUGCACGGAAAGACUAUGAAGGUGCAAAAGAAAUCUAUCUUGCAUUGAGAAACAGAUGGUUACCUUUUGAAGAACAGAUUCACUCUAAAUUACUUGAACUGUUAGCUGAAGAAUUAAAUCAAAUUGAUGAUAUGUUGGCUAAAUAUGAAAUUGACGAAGUUAAAAUCCAAUCUUUUCUUGAUGAGGAGAUUGAAACCUCUACAAGUACAUCAUCAGAUUAUAUGAAAAUCAAUGAAGAUAUAUUAUCCAACCUUCUUCAAAUGGAACCUUUGAUGGGUUUCAUCCAAGACUUAGUGCAACAGAUUGAUGAAGAUUCAGCAAUAUCAGAUUCCAAUAAAGGGAUAUUUAAAGGAAGAGCUACAACAACCAAAUCUCGUUAUGAUGCACUGCUGCAAGCGUUAAAGAGUAAAAAGAAAAGACUACAAAGAAGAGAAGAAUUAGAAAAGCAAAGGGAAGAUGAUAACAAAAAACAAAAGGAAAGUCAGGAACUUGAAUUUCAAGCGUGGCAUCAAAACCUUUCUGAAAUGAUUGACUGGUUGCUGCAAGCUGAGCAGAAAGUUGGUAGUUACGAAAAUAAAUCUGAAAAUGCUGAAAACUUGAAAAUAUUGAUUGAUGAUUAUCAGAAAAUGAAAGAAGGAUUCAAAAAACGCGAGCCAGAGAAAACUUCAUUGCUGGUGAAAGGGAAGAGAAUUUUAACCAAUAAAAAUGAUGAUAACUUACAAAUGGAGAUGAAUUUAGUGGAUGAUAAGUGGAGUACACUGGAACGAAGAUUGCGUAAUGGAAUUGACAGAUUACAAGAAAAAGAAGAAAUGGAAAAAGAAAAAGAAGCUGAACGAAGAAAAGAAAAGGAACUUCACCUCCAAAAGUUUCAAGAUUGGCAUAAGAAACUAACUGAUAUGAUUAAUUGGUUGCUCAAAGUUGAACAAGAUGUUUCAAGUUUCGAAAAAGACUCAAAUGACCAACAAAAUUUAAAAUCACUUAUUGCACAAUACCAGAAAACAAAAGAAGAGCUUAAAAAAAUGCAACCAAAGAAAAAUAAGUUGUUAGCACAGGGGAAAGAUAUUUCAACUAAUCAGAAGUUACUGGGAGAAGAGAGUAACAUUGAGAUGGAGAUCACUUUAGUGGAAGAUCAGUGGAGUUCCUUGGAGCAAAAAUUAAAUGAUGGAAUGGAUAGAUCGCAAGAGCAACUGAAUCAGCAAGUCAAGGACUCAGUUAAUGGGAUGGACAACAUGCUUCAUGAUCUCACUGUCUUCAGAAACUGGUUGGAUUUAGCAAAUCAGCAACUGAACGCAAUUAGUGACUCCACAAAAAGAAAUGACUUCACUGAUUUGCACCAAAAAGAACAGGGAUUAAAGAAAUUGUCAGCAGACUUGGAUUCCCGUGGUCCAGAAUUGGACAAAUUUCAGCAGAAGGCAGUGGAACUCCAAAAUAGAGAAGAAGCUGACGGAACAGUGGAAGAAAAGAAAGCAGCUGUGAUUGAAAGUGUGAAAGAAUUGACAGAUGAAUGGAGUCAAAUCAUUGAUCGUAUUGAUUCACAAUUUAAAAGCUUGUAUGAUCUGAUAAAUUCGAACUUAGAUGAGAAUCGAGCGCAAAUCGAACGCUCGUUGUCACUGGUGAAAGAAACUUUAUCUACAAUGCAGAACACGGAAUUCGACAAACAAGAAAUGUUGAACGACUGUAAACGCCUUUCUGAAUUGGACAAUGAACUUACAAAAUUGAAACCACCUAUCAAGAAGCUGUCUCAGAAUGUGGUAGCAGUAAAUGAGAUGACAGUGUUCGCUGCAGAUGAACAACAAUUGUUAUGUGAGAGUGCUGAUGUGUUGCAAACAGAUUUUGAAGAGUCGUUGAAACAAAUAAGAGAUGUUAAAUCCAGUUCAAAAGAAAAAAUUGUAAAUUAUUUCAAAGAAGAAGCAGAUAAAAGCAAAAACAGAGUGGACGAACUUUCUAAAGAUAAUCUGUCAUUUAGUACUGACGAAAAAGAUCUUGCUGUUUUGCGUGAUUUUUUGACGAGUCAACAGCGACUGUCAAAUGAAUUAAAAAGUGAACAUUUCAAGCUGGAUGAUUUAGAAAAGUAUGCAGAAGAGGUUUCAGCCUAUGAGAUUUUAGCAGCGGAAGAUCAGGUUAAAAUCGCCGGUAUUAUUAACGAUGCUUUGAAACCCGUGGAAGAGAUACGAAAUGAAACGAAAUUGAACUUUAACAGUGCUUAUGCUGUGUCAAUGCACAUUAUAAAACAACAGUUGCGCCAGAAUGAAGAAGAGAUGAAAAAAUGUACAGAAAAAUCCGAAAAUUCUCAGCAGAAAGAUUUUAAACAUUUUAAUGAUGUUUCAAAUGCGUUGCUUAAUAUUAAGAAUGACAAGGACAAGUUGAACACACUGACAUCAGAUUUGACCGCACUAAAUAAAGAAGUCAAUCAACUUGAUGCGGCUGGUAUCAUGGCGUCGUCAGAUUGCGAGUCUGUUAAACAAUUGAGUUCCAGUUUGCUACAAAAUAGUAUGGAAGUGUCUGAAAAUAUUUCUUUGCAAGAGAAAGAAACUGAACGAACAAUUAAUGAUUUCAUUUUGAAGAAACUUGACGAGUUUCGUGGUUGGCUACCCACUGUUCAAAAACGAAGUUUGGAAAGUAAUGAAAUCGGACCUGAGUUGGAAGCCAUUAAAAAGCAAUUGCAUGAGCUAACGGUAAUUGAACAGCAAGCUUCAGACAAGUCUUGUGGAAUCUUCGGUGCAGAGGAAAAUCCCGAUGUGUACGACAUGAUGCCUGAAACUUCAAAAGCAGAUAUUGUAGCUGCCAAAGAAGAGUGGCAAGUGAUAGAUGAUUGGGUGCAGCAACGCAAGAAAGCUCUUGGAAAAGCGCAAGAUUUGUGGGAUGAAUACAGAAGGAAUGAGUCAGAUUUAUCCGAAUACAUGCGUGAUAACGAGAAGCAGAUGCAAACAUGGAAUCAACUAGACUUGAACGAUCAGCAAAGUGUUGUGAACCAUGACAAAGCUUUAAAUAAUGUUAUGCAAAGUAUGGAACUACGAAAAUCGCACGUUGGUAAAUUGACAGAUAUUGCGAACAAGCUUCUUGAUAUUAUCGGCAUGGACGGACCUGUGUCAUACAAUAUCUUGUCAGAAGUAGCUGACAUUCACGCGUCCUGGAAUAAUGUGUUGAAACAAAGUAUUGAAAACGGAACUAAGCUUAAAUCAUCUCAAGAGAAACUGAAGAAAUUGGAAGAACACAAUAAAACACUACGUCAGUGGAUAAUUGAUGUGAAUGAGGUGCUGAAAGAAUUUAAAGAUAAUAACAUUGAUGAGAAAAAUGAACCUCUACUGCCAAACUUGCAGACCAAAGUAGACGAGAUAGGGAACAUGGACAUACUUCUGACGUCGGCUAACGCAUCAUAUACCCAACUGUCGGAAGAUAACGAUACAAAAUCGCACUUUACUGUCGACGACAUGACGUUAUUAAAUAGCGAUUUUGAUAGAGUGACGAAUGGGUUGUUAAAAAUCAAAUACCUAGCUGAUAAGCCACCUUACUUAAGAUGGUUUUAUAAGAGAGUAUUUUAUAGGUAGAAAACUAGUAAGCGCAUGCACAUCAUACGUUACUUUUGUAUUCUUUCGCAGAGAAAAAAUAUUGUGCGCGUUAAAAAAUACUAGACCUGCAGCACUGUUGUUUAUUUUUGUUUUCUUUAGAAAAAAAUUUACGAAGUUUUACUCUUAAAUAAAUAUUUUGGAUGUAUUUUUUUUCUCCGGUAUUUUUAAAAUUGAUUUAACGAUUAAUUUUUUAUUAUAUUUUUUGGAAGACACUAACGCAUUUAUAUAACUGUUAUUUUACGUCGUAUUGGGAACAAUUUUUUGCGCACGUAAAUAUUUAACCUUGUUUGCACUUAGUUCAAAUGAAAUUUUUUUACGGCUACUAAUGAAAUUCAAAAGAAACACGAUACGUUAUCCGUUAUAACAACGUGUUCUGUAUACUCCUACGCUUUCUUCACUCCCGUAUUGUAAGGAUUUCAUAUUGGUAAAGGUGUAUUUAUAAUUUACUUUUGGUAAAUAUUUUAGCGAAUCUUCGUAUUUAUAUAAUGUGAACGUGAUUCUUUGUAGUUAUAUAUUUUAACAUAUGUAAAAAAGCACCAUUUUUUGUAUAUAAUAGCGUCCCUAUUUAUGGCAAUCUUAUCUUGAAUUCAAGUUUGUAAAUUGUUUUUAAAAGUCUUGUAAUAUUUGUAACGUGAUUUUUGCAAAACAACGUUGGUGUUUGGGAA